AACCCAUUCCCUCCGGAAACUUACCUAUUAUUACGCCUUGUAUUCGCCUAUGUUUGAGAUUGGUAUAACUGCGAUCGUGGGAAACCUAGUAUCUUACCAUGUCUCUCGCAGCAACAACACAUGUUCAACCAGAUACCUCUAACCAGGAUCUUAGUCCCGGAAUCGACAGCGAAGCAAUUGAUUGCAUCAAUGAUCUGAUCGUCAACCGAGCAGCUACCUUCCCUUUCAAACCCCUUCUUGCUUAUCCUGCGAAAGAUGGUAAAUACGUCUACUACACAGCAAAUGAGUUAGAUGGAUUCGCGGAUGAAGCGGCAAAACGGUAUGUGGGAUUGGGCUUAGUCCCCAAGAACGGUAAAGAUGAGUCGGAAAUUGUGGCGCUCAUUGGUGUGUCAAAUCUUGAUUACAUUAUCUCGAUAUUGGCUUUGACACGCAUCGGGUUUGGCAUCCUAUUCCUAUCAACACGGUUAUCUGUACAAGCAUACAUAGCUCUACUCGACAAGACAAACUGUCACAAUAUCGUCGCCGCACCAAAUUACGCAGAAACUACCAGCAAAAUAGCUAAAGGAUAUGAAGCUACCCGGUUCUCUAUUUUAACAGAGGAUAUAUAUGGAAGAGCGGACCCAGCCAAGCCUCGAUUCCAACGGCCAGUCAAAAUUGAAAAUGAAGCGCAGAAAAUCGCCUUUAUUCUACACUCUUCUGGUUCUACUGGCCUUCCAAAGCCUAUAUACCAAACCCACCGGUCUUGCCUCACGAACUACUCUGUUGGCAGUGGAAUGAGAGCCUUCAUAACUUUACCCCUAUUCCACAAUCAUGGUCUGUGCACUCUUUUCCGCGGCAUUACCUACUCCGUUACGACGGCACUCUUUGAUGCGAGCCUCCCAAUGACCCAUGACAAUUUGAUUAGCGCCAUGGAACAGUUUGAUCCAGAGAGCUUUCACUGUGUACCAUACUCACUUAAGGUCCUCUCUGAGAGCGAUCAUGGUAUCGAGUUAAUGGGACGGUGUAAAUUAGUACUGUUCGGCGGAAGCAGCUGUCCCGAUGAUUUAGGAGACAAAGUGGUCAAUUCCGGAGUCUACCUCGUAGGCCAUUACGGAGCAACUGAAGUGGGCCAACUUAUGACAUCGUUCCGAGAUAAGGAGGACAAGGCAUGGAACUAUGUGCGACCAUUCCCAAAAGUUGCGCCUUAUCUUCAUUUCGAACCUCUCGGCGAAGGAUUAUAUGAGUGUGUUGUCCUUGAUGGCUUACCAACGAAGCUCAGUUCCAAUUCAGAUGACCCACCAAAUUCAUUCCAUACGAGGGACAUAUUCAUACGUCAUCCCACGAUUCCACUAGCGUUCAAGUAUAUGUCGCGCCUUGAUGACAGAGUCACACUAGUCAAUGGCGAAAAGGUGUUGCCGAUUCCCUUUGAACAUCGACUCCGACAGCAUGAACUUGUCGAGGAAGCACUCAUCUUUGGGGUGGACAAGGCAUUUCCAGGAUUACUCAUAUUCCCAAGCGAAAAAGCUAGGCAAGUUAGGAAGGAAGAUCUUCUAAAUACGCUUCGGCCAGUAAUCGACGCUGGAAAUGAGGCCGCGGAGAAAUUCGGGCAGAUUUCAAUUGACAUGGUAGAGAUUCUCCCAUGUGAUACCCUCUAUCCUCGUACAGACAAGGGAACUAUUAUUCGGGCAGCGGCGUACAAAGCCUUCGAGGGGGUAAUUGAAGCUGUGUAUUCACGGUUUGAGACACAUGACGAUGCCAGAGAUGGAGCGCGAAAAGCUUUAGAUCAGCCCGAGCUUGUCGCAUACUUGUUGGACCUAUUUACCCGUACGAUUGGCGUAAAGGGGUUAACUGAAGAGACGGACUUCUUCGAAUGUGGGGCUGACAGCCUUCAAGCCGUAACCGCGAGAGCGAAAAUAAUUCGCGAAAUUGAUAUCGGCGAUCAUAUAUUGUCUAAUAAUGUUUGUUUCGAGUAUCCGUCACCCAGAAAACUUGCAUCGCAUCUUUACUCGCUUAGGAUAGGCGAAGAACUACCCGACACCGACGAAAUAGCUUUGAUGUCCAAUCUCAUAGAAAAGUACUCGGACUUUCCUCUCUUUAUCCCUGGAAAGCGACAGCCUGAUGGGGAGGUCAUACUCCUCACUGGAGCGACAGGCUCAUUGGGAGCGCAUAUCCUAUCCCAAGUCGCGUCUAUACCCGGGGUUAAAAAGGUCUACUGUUUAGUUCGAGCGAAGACGUCUAAAGAUGCCCUCUCUCGUGUUUCGUCGAGUCUCGAGUCUCGCGGUCUCUCCUCCCAAGUUAUCAUGGAGAAAGUUGUCUGCCUACCUAGCGAUUUCAGCCAGGAGUCACUGGGGCUUGACUCUUCCACCCUUGACACUCUUCGGUCUAGCCUAACCACUGUUAUACACAGCGCAUGGAUGGUAAACUUCAAUGUUUGUCUUAGCAGCUUCGAGCGAUCGCAUAUCGCCGGCGUGCACAACAUAAUCAAACUAUGUUUAAGUGUUCCAUUCCAGAAACCGGCAAAUUUCUUCUUCGUAUCGUCGAUAUCUGCCGCUGCGGGCACCCCUAUUCCCGCUGUAAUCCGCGAAGCGCACAUCAAUGAUCUACACUAUGCUCAGAACAUGGGAUAUGCUAGGUCUAAGCUAGUGACAGAAUAUAUCAUUCGAGCAGCAGCGAAGAGAACUGGCAUAAAUGCAAGAAUAUUGAGGACGGGUCAACUGAUGGGAGAUUCGCAUAAGGCUCUCUGGAACCCAACUGAGGCGAUACCCCUCAUGAUUCAAAGUGCGACCACCGUAGGAGCACUCCCAACGCUUGAUGAGACUCCUUCAUGGUUACCAGUAGACAAAUGUGCUGCAGCCAUUCUGGAACUAUCCGGGCUCAGCCCCAGCGCAAAAGACAACAUGUCAGAAAGUAGCGAAACAGUCUACCACGUAUUAAACCCGUCUCUCUUCUCCUGGAGCGAAGACCUGCUUCCCGCACUACGAGACGCAGGGCUGGAAUUCGAGACGGUCUCUCAGCGCGAGUGGGUGCGGCGAUUACGCGAAAGCGAGCCAGAUCCCCAAAAGAACCCCCCUAUCAAACUUCUCCACUUCUUCGAGCAGAAAUACGAUAACGACUCAGCAGGGCGAAGUGGUCUUGUCUUUGAAACUCAGACGACUGCGAGGUAUUCCGAGACUAUUGGCCAAGGCUUUGCUAUUGUCGGAAGCGGGAUCUUGCAGAAAUGUUUGGAUAAUUGGCGGCUCGCUUGGGGUAAAGAGUACUAGAUAGUCGUGGCGAAUAAGGGGUGUUGGGUUGACUUGGUAGAGCUUGUAACCUUUAUCGCACAGCUAUAUGGAGGUACAUAUUCGCGUUUCUCAGGUAAGUGAAAUUUUUUGAUCGAUGCUGAUUUAAUUGAAUAAAUCGGUGGCCAUUUCAAGGUUUCUUUCACAUGAGUCCAGUCGAAAAUACAAUUGAAGAAUAGGGUACCUGUGGGCUGGUAGCGCCAAGUUGUCUAACCCAAAGACUGCCGAGUGGUCGGUUUCAGGCGACUGGUGAGUCACGAAGGUGGUAAUUGAAAUUUGACGUAUCAUAAAGUCCCCCGAUAGGCUUAGGGGGUACGGCCCUCUGCAUAUAUAUCACUUUUCCCGCGAGGCUUCUACAAAUGACUGGAAAUUAAAAGGUCCCCUACGAGUCAGACAAACGGGGACGAGACUGCCACGCAUUGAUCACAGCUGUCAGAUCAUACAAUGACUACCAUUCUAGGGAAUAUAUCAAUGGAUGCCCACAUCCCUCGUAAGAGUUACA